AGUCGCACAAAUAACGAGCAAUAUUGAGCGAACAUUGUGAUCGUGUUUCCUGAGUUUUAUGAUUGUUCUUUAUUAUUUACAAUUAUUUACAAGUUUAAAAAACUCGGAAACGCGAUUCAGAAAAUUCAGAAACAUUUACAGAAAUUUAUAUCUCAUUUUUCCGCCAUUUCCAGUGUUUUUCAAUAUUUGAUAUCAAAGUAAUGAAGUAACGUGAAAUUAGACGCCGGUAAAUUUUAGGUUAAAUGCGAGAGUGCGAAUAUUAUUUGAAAAAUCAUGAAUCUUUUACCUAAAACUCACGAGGAAUUUAGUCAACCAGAAUAUUGGAAUACAUUUUUCAAAAAACGUGGCAAGAAAAGCUUCGAGUGGUAUGGAGAAUAUUCUGAAUUAUGUGAUAUUUUGAUUAAAUAUAUCAAGAUAAAAGAUGAUAUAUUAGUCGUUGGGUGUGGUAAUUCCACUCUCAGUAUGUCGCUUUACGAUGUAGGGUAUCGAAAUAUUACUAAUAUAGACGUGUCAGAGGUUGUCAUUAAACAAAUGCAAAACAUUAAUAAAAAUGAUAAGCCAGAUUUAAUAUACGAACAAAUGGAUGCUACGCAAAUGACAUAUCCAAAUGAAAGAUUUAGCGUUAUACUGGAUAAAGGUACCUUAGAUGCUUUAUUGCCAAAUGUAAAGCAAGAUACAAUAUCUAUGAUCGAUAAGUAUUUUAAGGAAAUUACACGUGUUUUACGUAAUGGUGGAAGAUACAUUUGUAUUAGUUUGCUUCAAGAACAUAUUCUAAGGAAAAUUUUGUCAUAUUUCACGGCAAAUAAUUUCAUGAUACGCGUCGCACAAUGUCAUAAAGCCGAAGCAAAAGCUAAACAAGAGGAAGGGAGUUCUAUCCCAGUGUUUGUUGUUGUAGCAACCAAAUUUAUAAAAUUAACAGAAUCGAUUCUUGAAAUCGCAUUAACCGAUGGAAAACCUGAGAGAGUGACCUCCGUAGACACUUUAAUAUCUGCGAUAUUAUCGAUUCAACAAUCAGCCUUAAUAUGUAAUUGCCUUGAUAAAAGAAGCAUAUCAGAUGUAGGAGAAAUAUGUUUAGAUUUACAUAGAGUGGGUGACAAACAUCCUCGAUAUACAGUUUACGUACUUGACCAACCUCGUGCUAGAGGAGCAAAAUCAUAUGCUGCGUUUAUAGUACCGCAAGGAAAGGAAACAGAUUGGUUGUUUAGUACCAAAGAAGGAAGGCAGCAGGUACUACAAAGUACACAGCGUGAUAGACUUGCUAUUGUCACUCUUCGACGAGAACAUAAAUUUGAAAGUUGGGAUGCUGUAAAAACUGAACUUGGAAAUUGUGUACGCAACUUAGCUCCAUCAGGUUUACCCGAUAAGAGUGACAUACCUUAUUUGUCUUUAGAAACAGAUAUAGGUGCUCGCACGAUUUGUUUCGAAGGUGAAAGUAAAAUUAGUGGUUCUUUCGUCGUUGAAGAAACUGAAGAGGAUGGACACACACUGCGCAGACUAAUCUUUCUAAAUAAUCCAUAUGUGAUACAGAGCGAAGCUCGUUUGAAAGAAGUAAAGUCCAGACGAGGUAAAAAAAAGAAAGUGAUCGAUAAUGGAUUUUUGGCUUGCAAACACCACGUAUAUAUGAGCAUAGGUGUUUCUACGAUAUUAGAUUCUACAAAUUCCAAUGAAAUCAUGAUCAUAGGUCUUGGCGGUGGAGGCUUGUGUACAUUUCUAUAUCAUUGUUUUUCAAAUUUAAAAAUCACAGCCGUUGAGAUCGACGAGGCUAUUCUUAAAGUGGCAGUUGAAUAUUUUGGCCUUAUUUUAGACGAUAGAAUGCAAGUACAAAUCGCAGAUGGUAUAGAAUUUAUAAAAAAUGCUGCUUCCGAUGGUAAGAAGUAUUCGGCUAUCCUUUUCGAUGUUGAUAGUAAGGACACCACCGUUGGAAUGAGCUGUCCACCUAAACAAUUUCUCGAAAUAGAUUUGUUAAAAAUGAUAGCCUCCUGUUUGACAGAGAAUGGUCUAUUUAUUUUGAAUUUAGUUAGUAGAGACAGUACUCUUAAACAAAAAGCUAAAGACGAUUUAAAAUCGAUAUUUGUAUCUGUGGUAUCUUAUACUCUUCAAGAUUAUGUAAACGACGUGAUCAUGUGUUCCAUAAAUACUCAGGAAUCAAAGGAAUGGAGAAAUAAAAUAAAAAAGGCUGUUGUGGAUUUGAACGAGCAGGCGAUUAAAAAAAAAGUGUUCGUUUCAUCGGAUGCUUUUGAUGUAUCAUCCCUCGUUAAAAAUUUGUCGAUAGAAUCUUAACACAUAAGAGUUUGAUCAUUUAAAUGGUAACUGAAUUGUCUCCCGUUGUACAUUAGUUUAAAAAAUGUACAAGACUUUUUGUAAAUAACUUAUAUAUAAUACAUAUUAUGUAUAUUACGUAUUUAUAUAUAAAUGAUUGUAAUAAUAAUUAUUAUAUUAGCAUUGGCAAAAUUCUUA